GACCCUGGCCGCCGAGAGGGGUGGGGGGUCCCCGCGCCCGAGCGGAGACCCGGAAGGCGCCGGGCGAGCGCCCAGAGCCGCGGCUCCAGUGCGGGGCCUCGGGGAGGGCGCAGACCUGCGGAGCCUGCGGCCGGCGCGAAGAAGCAGGCUUGGCUGCAGACUCCAGCCUUGCAAAGCAGCAGCCCCACCUGGGAGCAGGGUGGAGGCAGGGCCAUGGUGGGAGCCCUGAAGAUGCCUCAUGGCUGCUGAGGGGGCUGCCCCGUCAGGGAGCAGAGUGGCGGGCAUGGUCGGCACCCUGUGGGUUUUAGCGCUGGUGUCCUCGGUCCUGGCUCUGGAAGAGGUGUUGCUGGACACCAGUGGAGAGACAUCUGAGAUUGGCUGGCUCACCUACCCACCAGGUGGGUGGGACGAAGUGAGCGUUCUGGACGACCAGCGACGCCUGACUCGGACCUUCGAGGCAUGCCACGUGGCCGGGGCUGCUCCAGGCCCGGGGCAGGACAACUGGCUGCAGACACACUUUGUGGAGCGGCGAGGCGCCCAGCGGGCGCACAUCCGACUGCACUUCUCCGUGCGGGCCUGCUCCAGCCUGGGCGUGGCCGGGGGCACCUGCCGGGAGACCUUCACGCUUUACUACCGCCAGGCUGAGGAGCCCGACGGCCCCGACAGCAUCUCCUCCUGGCACCUCAAACGCUGGACCAAGGUGGACACGAUCGCGGCGGAUGAGAGUUUUCCCGCCUCCUCGGCCUGGGCAGUGGGCCCCCCGCGGACCGGGCAGCGGGCGGGGCUGCAGCUGAAUGUCAAGGAGCGGAGCUUCGGGCCCUUGACCCAGCGCGGCUUCUACGUGGCCUUCCAGGACACCGGGGCCUGCCUGGCUCUCGUGGCGGUCAAGCUCUUCUCCUACGCCUGCCCCUCAGUGCUUCGCGCCUUCGCUUCCUUUCCCGAGACGCAGGCCAGCGGGGCCGGGGGGGCCUCCCUGGUGGCGGCCGUGGGCACCUGUGUGGCGCACGCAGAGCCGGAGGAGGAUGGAGCGGGGGGCCAGGCAGCAGGCAGCGCCCCCAGGCUGCACUGCAACGGGGAGGGCAAGUGGAUGGUUGCCGUCGGGGGCUGCCGCUGCCAGCCGGGGCACCAGCCUGCGCGGGGAGACAAGGCCUGCCAAGCCUGCCCUCGGGGGUCCUACAAAGCCUUGGCUGGGAAUGGCCCCUGCUCACCAUGCCCUGCCCGCAGCCACGCCCCGGAUCCUGCGGCCCCUGUGUGCCCCUGCCUGGAAGGCUUCUUCCGGGCCAGUUCAGACCCCCCAGAAGCCCCCUGCACUGGCCCCCCGUCAGCCCCCCAGGAGCUGUGGUUCGAGGUGCAGGGCUCCACCCUCAUGCUGCACUGGCGCCUGCCUCGGGAGCUGGGGGGCCGUGGGGACCUACUCUUCAACGUCGUGUGCAAGGAGUGCGGAGGGCCCGGGGGCCAGGGCCCUUGUCGCCGCUGUAGGGACGAGGUGCAUUUCGACCCCCGCCAGAGGGGCCUGACUGAGAGCCGUGUGCUCAUCGGGGGGCUGCGGCCACACGUACCCUACAUCCUGGAGGUGCAGGCUGUCAACGGGGUGUCAGAGCUCAGCCCCGACCCUCCCCAGGCUGCAGCCAUCAAUGUAAGCACCAGCCACGCAGUUCCCUCCGCAGUCCCUGCCAUGCACCAGGUGAGUCGCGCCUCCAACAGCAUCACCGUGUCCUGGCCACAGCCUGACCAGACCAACGGGAACAUCCUGGACUAUCAGCUCCGCUACUAUGACCAGGCAGAAGAUGAAUCCCACUCCUUCACCCUGACCAGCGAGACCAACACAGCCACCGUGACCAAGUUAAGCCCUGGCCACAUCUAUGGCUUCCAGGUGCGGGCGCGGACAGCCGCGGGCCACGGCCCCUACGGGGGCAAGGUCUACUUCCAGACGCUGCCUCAAGGUGAGCUGUCCGCUCAGCUUCCUGAGAGGCUCUCCUUGGUGGUUGGGUCCAUCCUGGGGGCACUGGCCUUCCUUCUGCUGGCGGCCAUCACUGUGCUGGCUCUUGUCUUCCAGAGGAAGCGGCGUGGAACCGGCUACAUGGAGCAACUGCAGCAAUACAGCAGCCCAGGGCUCGGGGUAAAGUACUACAUCGACCCCUCCACCUACGAGGACCCCUGCCAGGCCAUCCGAGAAUUCGCCCGGGAGGUUGACCCCACGUACAUCAAGAUCGAGGAGGUCAUUGGGGCAGGCUCCUUCGGAGAGGUGCGCCGGGGCCGCCUGCAGCCCCGGGGACGGCGGGAGCAGGCCGUGGCCAUCCAGGCCCUGUGGACCGGAGGCACCGAGAGUUUGCAGAUGGCCUUUCUCGGGCAGGCUGCCAUGCUGGGCCAGUUUCAGCACCCCAACAUCCUGCGGCUGGAGGGCGUGGUCACCAGGAGCCGGCCCUUCAUGGUGCUGACGGAACUCAUGGAGCUGGGCCCCCUGGACAGCUUCCUGAGGCAGCGGGAGGGCCAGUUCAGCAGCCUGCAGCUGGUGGCCAUGCAGCGGGGGGUGGCCGCUGCCAUGCAGUACCUGUCCAGCUUCGCCUUCGUGCACCGCGCGCUCUCCGCCCACAGCGUGCUGGUCAACAGCCACCUGGUUUGCAAAGUGGCUCGUCUCGGCCACAGCCCUCAGGGCCCAAGUUGUAUGCUUCGCUGGGCGGCCCCAGAGGUCAUCGCACACGGGAAACAUACAACAUCUAGUGAUGUCUGGAGCUUUGGGAUAGUGAUGUGGGAAGUGAUGAGUUAUGGAGAGCGGCCCUACUGGGACAUGAGUGACCAGGAGGUGCUCAAUGCAAUAGAGCAGGAAUUCCGGCUGCCCCCACCUCCAGGCUGUCCUCCUGGACUGCACCUGCUUAUGCUGGACACUUGGCAGAAGGAUCGUACCCAGCGACCUCACUUUGACCAGCUGGUGGCCGCAUUUGACAAGAUGAUCCGCAAGCCAGACACUCUGCAGGCUGGCGGGAGCCCCGGGGACAGACCCUCCCAGGCCCUGCUGAAUCCCGUGGCCCUGGACUUUCCGUCUCUGGACUCCCCGCAGGCCUGGCUCUCGGCCAUCGGCCUGGAGUGCUACCGGGACAACUUUUCCCAGUCUGGCCUCUGCACCUUUGGUGACGUGGCUCAGCUCAGCCUGGAAGACCUGCCCGCCCUGGGGGUCACCCUGGCUGGCCACCAGAAGAAGCUGUUACACCACAUUCAGCUCCUGCAGCAGCACUUGAGGCCGCCGGGCCCCGUGGAGGUCUGAGGUCUGGGCGGGAAGCUACGACGUGAGGAUGCCUGUAACCAAGUCCUGGAUGAGGGUCCCAGGGGGGCCAAGGGAGAUAUGAACCCGGCUCCACGCCCACCAGCCACACACUAAACCCAACCCUUGGGACACCUCCCUCCCCGGUCCUCCCCUGCCUUCCCCGCAUUAAAGGGAAAGAAGGGAUUUUGCACGUCGGAGUAGUGGUGAGGCCCUGUGGUCUUCAUGGAAGGGGCGGGAGACCCCACCACAGAGAAGGCUGUAGGAGGACAGGAGGAGUGAACGGGAAGUGGCUUUAUUGGAAGGUGGGAGGCGGUGUCACACCCCAUCCCCUCCCAGCGGUACCCAUCUGCUCAGCACACCUCCCCAAACCUCUGCAGCCGUCUGCGGCUGUGACCCUGGAUGGAGGCUGGUGCCCGAGGUGGCACCCCAGCCUUUUGUAAAGUGCUUUGUUCAGACAGGGCAGUAAGGCCGGGGAGGGCGAAGCUGGGUGCCUAUUUGCGCUGGGCCCUGUGCUUGGGGCGAGGCGUGAGCCUGCUCCUCGGUUUCCCUGUAUUCUGUUCUACGCCCCUGCCCUGACCUGGCAGGUGAGAGAUCUGGACUUUGGUGGGAGGCUGGAGGAGGGAGGCGGGAGGUGAGCUCAGAUCUGGUACUCCCAGCCUUCCCCGUCCUCCAGAGCCUUGUUGACCACCCCCCGCAGCUCUGACUUCAGGGUCCCUUGCCGUAGCCUCUCCCAGUUGAUGCUGCUGCGGGAGGUACUUCGAGACACCGAGGGGGUAGGAAGCGACAGGCAGGGGCCCAAGGGGCUUCCCAGCCACAGUCUUUCCAUGUCGUCCUCCAAGCCUGGGUGGCUGAAGGCCUGGGCGUAGCGCCGGACACGCUGCUGGUUGAUAUCCUGUUUCUCUUCCACCCUGUUGGGGGAGGGGGGCGGUACGGAGGAGGUGAUGGAAUGGCUGACCUUGGACCAGCCCUCGUCUCUGGGCCCCAUCCAGCCCUCCUGCAGGUGGUCUUUCUCCUUGUCUGCAGCCUGAGUGGGCACAGUGGAUGCCAGGCUUUGGGAAGCAACAGAGAGCCGGGUCCAGGGUCAACGUGGAUGCUUUCAGGACCCCUCCGGCUCCUGGCAGGUUCCCUUUCCCCAGUGAGACUGGAAGCCCAGGGAGUGCACAGGCCUGCCAGCCCGCCUGCCAACCCAUGCUGUCACUCACCGUAGGAACCAGCGGUCCCCCAGCCCGAACUUGCGCCCGCAGAUCCCUGAGCGAGGCCACAGGCAACGCGGCAGCUUCUUCUCUAGCAUCACAGUGGUGGCUAUAACCUGUGGGGGUGGGGGGUGGUGGGUGGCAGAAGAGGAUGAAACCAGAGACGGGAUGCAGAGGAGAGUGGAGACGGGGUGCACCGGGAGAGUGGAGAGGACUCUGGGCAGAGGGACCACAGUGUAGCAACAGCUGGGAAACAUGGUUUCCCAGAAGGGAGCACACCCCAGAGCAGAGGUUGGUGGCAUCAGCUUCGUCACCCAUUUUCUGCAGGACAGAGUGAUGGGCCUUGAGCCCCACGAUGCUUCACCCAGUGACCUGGCAUCCAGGCCAGGCCAGUCCUGUGGGAGGUGGCGAGACCUCGCUCUAAGGAUCAGGAAGGUGGGCAGAGCAAAGAGCAAGGGUCCUUGGGGCUAUGGAAUAUUUCAACCCUGCAAAUGUAAAGGCUACUUAGAAACACAAACAUCCUACAGAGAAAUUUCCUACCAAUACAUUUGCAUUGGAAAAAUAUUUUCAUGAGCAAACCCUGUGUCGCCAGCUUAGGGUUUUUUUUAACUCCACUUUCUACACAACACAGUUAAAUGCCAUCCAGUUGGAGGGAUUUCCCAUUUACAUUGCUGAAAUUAUUUUUGUUGAGAUAAAUUCUUUUGUAAGUACAUUUUUAAAUGAUGAUUUGAUCCAGUUAAUUCAUGCUUUUGGCCCCAUCACAAUUAUCUGACUGAAGAUAGUUUCUGUGACUAUAGGGAGUUUGUGUGGCAUUAUUUUUAACACGUCCAGUUUUUCUGGGUCAAAUUUUGCAGAUUUAAAUAUUGCCCAAAAGUUGAUACUUCAGUUUUUAUUUAGUAACAACAUUUCAUGAAUGCAGUUGUAGCUACUGUGUGUGUGUGUGUGUGUGUGUGCUAAGUCGGUUCGGUCAUGUCCUACUCUUUGCGACCCCAUGGACUAUAUAGCCCUUCAGGCUCUUCUGUCCAUGGGAUGCUCCAGGAAAGAAUACUGGAGUGGGUUGCAUUCCCUCCUCCAGGGGAUCUUCCUGACCCAGAGACCCAACCCUCAUCUCUUAAGUCUCCUGCAUUGGCAGUCAGGUUCUUUACCACUAGCACCACCUGGGAAGCCCACUGUAGCUACUCCUGAGCUUCAUUUCUUACUGAUGAUUCUAGAAAAGACAGAUUUUACUUUUUUGAGAAAACAGGAAUUCUUUUCACCUGUUCCAGGAUUUCUUGAUUGUAUCGCUGAUCCAGUUCUGUACACUUUGCGUCAAUUUUGCCUGUGCAAUAACCCUCCAGAUAUA